GAAAUUAAAGGGGAAUGAUAUUGGCACGGCAGUCGUGUGCGUCUCUAUGCAUUUCCAUAUGAAAGCCUAUGCAGAUAUGAGCGAAAUUUAAAUAAUUAUUUUUGUACUAAGCCAAGGCCUGCUAUGACUAUGCCUUCAGUUCUUUUGGCUGACUCAAUCGCUGUUGAGCUUGGCGCUAACCAGCCAUGGCCUGACGAUGCUAAAGUAUUUCAGUCUUUUGAAAAGUAUCAGGUACUUUUACCGGAAAGUGCGAGUUCUCUAGGCGUCCAGACAUUCCUUCGGAUGGCCGGCCUUGAUCAUGAAGUGGAAAUGCGCCCCAACGUCGAGAGCAUUUCGCCGUCAGGAAAUGUGCCGGUGCUCAAAUGUGGGCCGUUUGUCAUUGCCGAGAUGGACCCCAUCGUCGCGUUUGUUAAUACGAAGGGCAUUCAGCUCACCCAGAAUUUGUCUGUGCAACAGAAGGCUGACAUAAGGGCCUACAUGUCCCUAAUCAACACAGUGUUGGUCAAUGCUGAGCUUUACAUCUGUUGGGCCAAUGAUGAAACUUACUACGAGGUGACGAAACCACGGUAUGGUUCAGUUUACCCAUGGCCCCUCAACCAUAUUCUGCCCUUCCGAAAAAGACGACACAUUCUGGCCAAGCUCUCUGUUUCUGAGUGGAGUGAAAAGUCAUUGGAAGAGGUGUUUGAAGAAGUGCAGUCAUGUUGUGCUGCACUGUCUGAACGCCUGGGCCAGAGCAAUUACUUCUUCGGUGACAACGGCUGCACCGAGAAACCACUCAUCCAGGUUCAAGCUUGAAGCGAAAGAGGGCCUCCCAUCAAGGCAUCCGCCCAAUGAAUGCCUUGUAGUUCUCAAAUUGUCAUGACGCUGGUGCGCUCAAGCCAGAAAAUGAAAAAGAAAUAUGAAUGUCGAAAGACUUGCUGUGUACGAUUAUGCGUGUCAUCGCGGUGGAAAAACCGCAAUGUAUGAUUUCAUCUCUUCACAAAGAAGCAGACGGCAUGCAUCGGAGAGCAACUUGGAUAAGAAACUUCGCAUUGGGAAAAGGUGGUGACUGAUACUAUACUGGUUUGUUCUAAACACUUCACUCGGGACUUUUCUUGUCGGCGAGCAGAAAAUUUCUUUCAAUAUCUUGCUGGCAUUUCAAAUCGUAGAGUGUGUUUUGUGUAGGCAGGCUUUUUGACAAAUUAUAGUGAUGCACAUUUAAGCUUCAUUUGGUUUUGUUCAUUUGCAGCUUUCUGCCCCAGCAUUAGUGUUACUAAUGCUUUAAACAGUAGGAAUAUUCUCGCUAAUGUACUCUUCUCUGCAGACACGGUAGCAGGAAUGAUGACUACCUUGGAGGGUCUGAAGUUGAUCAGGAUGCAUAUUACGGCACAAGGCGACAUAUCGUUUUCAUAGCUUGCUUUAGUUUAGCAGUGCAAGCAGAAGACGCUGUUUACUCAUUCAACACAUUGAGUUGUCAGUAUUUUCUCGCAAGAAAUUUAGAAGCAAAAGCAAACAGCACUCAUUCCAGCUUUGGAGCGUUCAACCUGCACACAGCGUCGCUAGUUAGCUUUCCGCUACUGUGCACACACCUAAAUUCUAUUGCAACUGGUUCACUUCGUUUCCAAGUCAGGCAUUUACUUUAAUACAAGUGACUUUGCCCUAAAGAAAACCUUCACCAAAAUUUGGAAACCUGCUGCAAGAAACUCAACUUGGUCUGAUCGGUUGUUAUUGAUUUCCUGUGUUUCACUUUGGUAUGGGAAUUUGUACGGGUGGGGGGUGUCUGCUGUGUUCGCAAUCCCGAGCCCUACCUUGAACACUGCUUACUGUAAGCAUGAACAAGCACCAGUUAAUGGACGCAGACGACCUUAUCACAUGUAUCAGCUAACUAUAAAAAGAAAGGUGCAGCCCCAACUCACAAACAGAACUCUUCAUUUGUUUUUAUCCCAAGACACACUGACCAGGUAAUGUUACAUUUUUUAGCUUCACUGCAUAAUAUCCAUAUUUAGCUUCUGAGAGCAAGACGGGCAUUACAGCCUAUAUAUUGUGAGAUAUACUAUACGUGAUAUACUACAACACCAGUCUCAGUGUGGAGUUGCCUAUGAAGAUUAAAAGACAGUUGAGUAUUGUACCUGUACCAGUGGAGCAACACCGUGAAUAAGUGCUCGCACCUUUCGGAGGUCUGCUACGCACAUACACUUCGUUUUUUAAACCUCCAGCUCGCUUGAAAGGCUCUUUGUCUUCAAAAAGAAACUCUGAUGUGGCUCGCUGGGCUGGCCAGAUGUUGGCGUGCACAGCACAAUGAUUUCCUUGGUUUCAUCACUGAAAUCCUUGAGACCAAUCAAAAUAAGGUAGUCAGCUGCAAGGAACCUCUCGGCUUCGACAAAACACCUCAAUUUGAUGCCACGAACAAGAAAUGCGUGAGGGCAGCACCGAGCAAAAGAGCCACCAUGAAGCUGGAUGUUGUAGCCAUCUUUAUUUAUUUGGACAGCGCUGCCAGCACAAGUAAUUGAUUCUGGAGUUGCCAAUUACCAAGAACGUUGUUCUCUGUAUAAGCCAACCAUCCUUGUGACUUCAUGAUUAAAAGCACAACUACAUUUAUCACUGUUAGAUGCAUACCUUUGUUGUCUGGUUUUAGUUCAUGUUGACAUAAGCAAUGUGUCUGCCUAUAUAUUUUUCUUUUGUGCAGUAAAAAAUUGAGUUGAGGGUUA